CAGACAGAUAUCAAACCGGAAACAAACCAAUAAAAUUGAAAGGAUGGGAACAAGAACUGUUCAAUUUUCUACAAGGAGAACCAAAUCCUAGUAUUGCUCGAUUGCAAUGUUAGUUGUAUUUUUUUGUUUUUCCAUACAGCUGUUGUGGCAGGUUGCCCACAAAAAAGCGUUGAUUACACUACAACAGCCUGUGCUGAAGAAGAAACAAUCACCGAAGAAGCAUCUGGAAGUUCUGGACUAGUACUGAAAGCUACCACAAUGAAAGCUGGACCCAGUAAGGAGCCUUCUAAAAAAAAGGAAAACGAGGAUUAGUGGAAACUGAUGAAGCACGAGAUUUAUCAAUAACAGAGCUCCAACGUCUCGUUUUACUUGAACAAAUACAAGUGUUUCGGCUAGCUAAGGAACUGCUACUUCACAAGAAAAAUAUUAAUGAAUCUGAUCCAAAUUUAUCAACUUUAAAUGAAAGUGCAGAAACUGGAAAUCCAAUUUUCAUGAGCCUAUUUCUAGGACAGGACUGACAAAAGUACU